GGAUCCCUGGAUGCCGGCUUGCCGGAAAGUCUGAGCAAGCGCUAAAAUGCAGACAGAACGGGGCUCCUUGUCAGCUUAUUCCCCAGAUCCGCGGACCACAGAGACGCGUCCCUUGUCGAGCCCCGCAGGGCAGUCGUGCCCUCCUCCGUCUACUCCUCGCAUCUGUCCAACUUUCCCUUCCUGCGCAUUCCCCUUACACAGACAAGCUUUUUUUUUUUUUUUUUUUUUGGUUUGGUUUUGAGAUGCUUAUAGAUUUCUGAGAUCAGGGCUCUCCCUCUCCCUAUUGCAAUAGUCUUUCUAAUUAAAGUCUCUCCCUAUCUAAGGCUAGAUUUUUUUUAAUUUUUAUUUUUUUAUUUUUUUGACGUUAGCGUGUAGCUAAGAGUGAUUCCAGGGUGUUGGUGCCAGAAGGAAAGAAUGAUUGAUGAGAAACAGACACCUGGCUAUAGACACUCAUCCUUUUGCUUCAGAUACUGAAAUCCUACUGAGUCUGAGCAUCUCGUGUGAGCCGUGAGCACCAAGGAUCACCCAGGGUUAUUGGAUGUACAACAGGAGAGCCAUCACUUUGCAAAGUCAUUCUCUGCUACUGGACAUCUUUUACAAAACCAAACUACACCCCAGUCUAAUAGAUAUGUUCUAGGACCACGAGGAAGCUGCAAGUUGUCAACGCCUAACGCACAAGUAUGUUAGGCUCCCACCAAAGUCCUCAAUAUACCUGAACACGCACAAUAUCAGCCCUUCAGUUUUAGAUUUGGGAUCUACGUUGAGGUUUCAUCCUCUUUUUUAAAAAAAAAAAAAUACAGACCUGCCUACAUAUAGACCUAUAUGUAUAUGUAAAAUAGAGAUCACCGAUAACCACACCCUGCUUUAUUUCCACGAAGACUGCCAAGAAUUUAGAGAUGUAUUUGUCAAGAUUCCUGUCAAUUCACGCCCUUUGGGUUACAGUGUCCUCAGUGAUGCAGCCCUACCCUUUGGUAUGGGGACAUUAUGAUGUGUGUAAGACUCAGAUUUAUACAGAAGAAGGGAAAGUUUGGGAUUACAUGGCCUGUCAGCCGGAAUCCACGGACAUGACCAAAUAUCUGAAAGUAAAACUGGAUCCUCCGGACAUUACCUGUGGAGACCCUCCUGAGACAUUCUGUGCAAUGGGCAACCCCUACAUGUGCAAUAAUGAGUGUGAUGCAAGUACCCCUGAACUGGCGCAUCCGCCUGAGCUGAUGUUUGAUUUUGAAGGAAGACAUCCCUCCACAUUUUGGCAGUCUGCUACUUGGAAGGAAUAUCCCAAGCCUCUCCAGGUUAACAUCACUCUGUCUUGGAGCAAAACCAUUGAGCUCACAGACAACAUAGUUAUUACCUUUGAAUCGGGGCGUCCAGACCAAAUGAUCCUGGAGAAAUCUCUUGAUUAUGGACGAACAUGGCAGCCCUAUCAGUAUUAUGCCACAGACUGCUUAGAUGCUUUUCACAUGGAUCCCAAAUCUGUGAAGGAUUUAUCACAGCAUACAGUCUUAGAAAUCAUUUGCACCGAAGAGUACUCUACAGGGUACAUGACGAAUAGCAAAAUAAUCCACUUUGAAAUCAAAGACAGGUUUGCUUUUUUUGCUGGACCAUGGCUACGCAAUAUGGCUUCUCUCUACGGACAGCUGGAUACAACCAAGAAACUCAGAGAUUUCUUUACAGUCACAGACCUGAGGAUAAGGCUUUUGAGACCAGCGGUUGGGGAAAUAUUUGUAGAUGAGCUACACUUGGCACGCUACUUUUACGCGAUCUCAGACAUAAAGGUGCACGGAAGGUGCAAAUGUAAUCUCCACGCCACCGUGUGUGUGUAUGACAACAGCAAACUGACCUGUGAAUGUGAGCACAACACUACAGGUCCAGACUGUGGGAAAUGCAAGAAGAAUUAUCAGGGCCGACCUUGGAGUCCAGGCUCAUAUCUCCCCAUCCCCAAAGGCACUGCAAAUACCUGUAUCCCCAGUAUUUCCAGUAUUGGUACUCCUCCAAAGUUUAAUAGGAUAUGGCCGAAUAUUUCUUCCCUUGAGGUUUCUAACCCCAAACAAGUUGCUCCCAAAUUAGCUUUGUCAACAGUUUCUUCUGUUCAAGUUGCAAACCACAAGAGAGAUUGUGAAUGCUUCGGCCACUCCAAUCGAUGCAGUUAUAUCGAUCUGCUAAAUACAGUCAUUUGCGUGAGCUGUAAACACAACACUAGAGGGCAGCACUGUGAGUUAUGCAGGCUGGGCUACUUCAGAAAUGCUUCUGCACAGCUGGACGAUGAGAAUGUGUGCAUAGAGUGUUAUUGUAACCCUUUGGGCUCAGUCCAUGAUCGUUGUAAUGGCUCAGGAUUUUGUGAGUGUAAGACGGGAACGACAGGGCCUAAGUGUGAUGAGUGUCUGCCGGGAAAUUCCUGGCACUACGGCUGUCAACCGAACGUCUGCGACAACGAGCUCCUGCACUGCCAGAACGGGGGGACGUGCCACAACAACGUGCGCUGCCUGUGCCCCGCCGCCUACACCGGCGUCCUGUGCGAGAAGCCGCGCUGCCAGGACGCGGGAUGCGGCUCCCGCGCCGGCCUCGCCGCCCGCGUGGACGGCGCGUCCGGGGCGGACCCGGCGGCGUGGGCAGCCACUCCCGAGCGGCGAGGCCCGGGGCGGCCUGGAAGGACCGCGCACGCCCUGCACGACUGCGAGCCCGCGGGCGCCCACCCCGGCCGGGCGCUCUUCGCCGGGGCCGGAGGACACCGGCCACCAGCUGCCAGACUGGCCUGCUUCGGCCCCGAACCCCCUCCAACCUGUGCUUUAGUGAACGUUGCUCUGUAA